AUGAGCUCCGUUGGGGUGUGGCUUCCUAUUUUCUUUGCGCGCCGCGGGCGUGAUGAGCGUGCAACCGCCUUGCUGGCAGCUAGAGCACGUGGACGCCGGCCGCAUACGACGGCGACGCUUGCUACGACGAAGCUGUGGUUGUCGCUUGCCAACUUUGUUUCUGCCGGUAUGCUGCUGACGAUAGCGUUACUUCACUUUUUUCCAGAGGCGCUGGAGGUGGAAUCGGGUGCCAGCCCCGACUCGGUGACGCUAUGUGGCUGGAUGCUUUUUGGCGUGCUGAUCCCUGCCGUUCUCGAGCGAUCUAUAAAAGCUGGUGGUGCCCACAGCCAUGGUGCGACGCUGGACAUCGAGGAGGAGCACGCGCACGGCAGCGGCACUGGUAGCUCUGGUUCGACGUCGAAGCUGCUCAUUUUAUUGAUGUGCUUCCAUGGCAUGACGGAGGGCCUCUUGCUCGGCUUUGAAAACAGUGCUGCUGCCUUGCUCAGCGCGACGGUGCCGCUUUCAGGGCACAAGUUCUGCGACGGACUCGUGAUCGGCGUCUCAGUGGCGAAAGAGAUGUACUCUGAGAUGGAGGAAGAUGCCGUGAGCGACGAGGCGGACGUUGAGCCGUGCAUCAAGGCCAACCGCUCCUCGAAUCGUUUCUGGCGGCUGCUGAUUCAGGGCCCGGUCGGCGUGUGGCUUCUCCUUACGCCAAUGACAGUGUUUUGCGUUGUCAUGUGUGCCGCAUUGUUGAACGGCGCAACAACAGCGGUGACGAGCGCUGGUUUCGACGCCGCGGCGCCGGCUGCGUCGUCGGUGCCUUCGAUGGCAACCACAAGCUCAUCGGUUUCGAUUUUGGCAGCAGUGCAGGCGAUAGGGAGCGGCUCCUUUGUGUAUAUUGGCCUCACUAUCUUAUGUAGCGAGAAGCUGAAGGGCAUAGCAGCCAACGCAGCGCUGCUCACCGGUGUCGGGCUUACUGCUGCCCUGUUUUACACGACCCGUGGGUACCACUAG